GUGCGUCGCGGCGCGGCGCUCACUGGGGGCCCGGCUUUCGCCCGCUGCUGCCGCCGCCGCCGCCGGCCGCGGCUGCUCUCCCAAGAUGGCGGCUCCUCCGGGCGAGUACUUCAGCGUUGGGAGCCAGGUGUCGUGCCGGACGUGCCAGGAGCAGCGGCUGCAGGGCGAGGUGGUAGCCUUCGACUACCAGUCCAAAAUGCUGGCUUUAAAAUGUCCUUCUUCCAGUGGAAAGCCCAACCACGCAGACAUCUUGCUUAUAAACUUACAGUAUGUUUCAGAAGUGGAAAUAAUUAAUGACCGAACAGAAACCCCUCCUCCCCUAGCUUCACUCAACGUUAGUAAGCUUGCCAGCAAAGCACGGACAGAGAAGGAGGAGAAGCUGAGCCAGGCCUAUGCAAUCAGCGCUGGUGUCUCCCUAGAGGGCCAGCAGCUCUUCCAGACCAUACACAAGACCAUUAAAGACUGUAAAUGGCAAGAAAAAAACAUCGUAGUCAUGGAAGAAGUUGUUAUUACACCCCCAUAUCAAGUGGAAAACUGUAAAGGCAAAGAGGGGAGUGCACUGAGCCAUGUACGCAAAAUAGUUGAAAAACAUUUUAGAGACGUGGAAAGCCAAAAGAUACUGCAGCGUUCACAAGCCCAGCAACCACAGAAGGAGGCUGCCCUGUCAUCCUGAGUCCACACGUACAGAGGACUCUUCCAGCAUCCAGCCAAGGAGGCGAUGGUGGUGGCUUCAGCGGAGGCAGGCCGGGGGAGGGAAGGGAUCCUAUAUUUCCGGUUGGCUCUUGUUAACAGAGGGUCAGCAUUUCCAAAUCUUAGACUUGAACAAACAAAACACCCAACAAAAAAGAACAAGAGAAUAAUUUAAAAGUUGAAUCAUUACUUGACUAACAGACUUCAGUCCACCAUGUCCUUUUCACAGCCCCCUUCUGAAACAGUCACCUUGUUAAUUUUAUUUUUGAAAAUUCCUUUCUGCUCUGCCCUUUGACCUCUGACUUUCCUUUCCCAGUCUGUCUCUGCCAUUCUGUUUUUAUAAGUGGCUACACUUGCCUUCCGAGUGAUUGAAAGAAACUUUUACAUCUUCUCUUCCAAAAUAAAAGUAACAAGCUGACUGUGAUACUUAAGUUGAGACUAGAGCAGCAGACAAAGGUCUCACUUUAAAUUUGUCUUUUUUUUUUUUCUUUUUUUCUUUUUUUGCACAGGGCAUGGCUUGAAUUAGUUUUAUUUUUCUUAACUUUAAAUAUAUAUAUGAAAAUAUAUAUUAAAAUGUUCUCUAAAUAU